UGAUGGGUUUUGAUUUGUAUAUGCAGAUUUGGCUUGUGGGAGACCAAUGUAACGAAGCAGAACAAAAGAAAGCAACAAAAGAAUCAUUGUUCAUUCCUGUUUCCCAAUUCCCUCCAAAGAAACUUCGUAAAGACUGCUACUAUCACAGCACACCAGCCAUGAUAGCUCCACCUUCAUUGGUCAAUGUCGAUUCCUGUGAGAACUGGCUGCCGAGGAGAGUGAUGAGCGCGUGGCGCGUGGCCGGAAUAGUGCAUGCCCUAGAAGGUUGGAACGUUCACGAAUGUGGAAAUUUCACGUUUAGCGUUGAGAAAAUAUGGCAAGCAAGUCUUCGACAUGGCUUUAGGCCAUUCAAGAUUAAUUCAUUUUCUUCAACUCUUAAUCAAUUGCCAUAAUAUAAAAUUCUCAAUUACUCACUUUGUGAGUGUAUACAUAUGUAUCACUCAAUUAAUUAACUAGCUUAUAUAUGGUGUUGGAUGCAAUUAAUGUAUUAAUAAUAUCA